UGAAAACACCAGUGACGUCACGACUGAUCGGAGAUCAGUUUGCAGAUUUAUACACCAGAAGUGCAUUGGUUUUUGCUAUAUUCACUGCUGCGACAAGGAGGAAAACAGGAGUACGAAUCAGAAAACGGACGAGAGAGUGUGAUCACAAUGUAUUGUCCUUUUUGUGGACACCAGCAGCAUUCUAAGCCAAUGUUUUGCUGUUCGUGUGGAAAGAAUAUUAAAUUCCUUUGUGAUGUUGAUGAUGACAAGCCUGGCACAAGUGAAGCUACUGGAAAAAGUAUGUUGGAGUCAUUUCAGACUUUCCGGAGUCUGAAGGAGAAAGAAAGACGAGGAUCUUUCAAAAAUAAGAAAAGAUCACUAAACGACAACCUUAAGCUUGUGAAGAUUUCAGUAGGUCUUAUGCGGCUACAAGAUGGUGGACUGAAGGCUGUAAGAGGAUCAGUGCUUCCCCUUUUGGUGCAACCAGAGGUGGAUGCAACCGCAUUGCAGAGAGCAGCUGAGCAAAAGCUGAAGGCCUUCCACAGAAAUUUACCAAGUGGUCCUUACUCACUGCUCUACCCUGACUGUACAAAGAUUUGUAAUAUACCGGGAACAGAAGUACCUUUCACUCUAAAAGAGUACAAGGAGGCAUUGGGGAAGGCCUACCAAAGGAUCACACUGUACAUUUGUACAGCUGAAGAUUUCUUUACCUCUUCUCAGGAAACCAACCAUGAAUCUGACUCAUCAGAUUCAGAAGUGAUCAUCAGGAGUCCGAGGUCUAAAGAAUUCAAUACAGCUGAUACAUUACUAUGGGAACCUGCAGAUGGAGAGCCAGGCACUGAUUCAACAGCUCCUGAGGUCCCAGGAACGUCAUCAGGCACAAUGGAAACUACAUGCUAUAGUAAAUAUACUGAGCUUUAUGCGCCCAUUGUAAUUGAGGAUGAGGAUGACUCAGACAGGGUUGAGUGCAACCAUGACAUUGAAGAAGAUGAAGGGAUGGACAAACCAUCUAUAUCUGAGAUAACGGCAAACCUGGCCCUUGAGAUCGACCAUCGAGCUGUCAGCAGAUUUAACAUCUGUCGCUCUGACAUUUGGAAUGGAGCAGUCAGAGGAUUUAAAAGGGCAACAUUUUCAGAGAAAAAAGACAUCUUAGUGAAAUUCUCUGACAAUGAAGGGACUCUUGAGGAAGGUAUCGAUACUGGUGGUCCCAAGAGAGAAUUCCUCUCCCUUCUGAUGAAGGAGCUGAAGAAACGGCCCAUAUUUGAUGGACCCAUGGAGAGCCGAUAUCUGGUCUACAACUCAACAGCUAUCCUAGAGGAUGAAUACUAUUUAGCAGGCAAGAUGAUUGCUGUGUCCAUUGUACAUGGCGGACCGGGUCCAUAUUUCCUCUCAAAGAACCUAAUCAGUUACAUCUCAGGGCAGGACAGUUUCAAGUCAUCUGUAGGAGAGAUAACAGAUGAGGAGAUAGGGAAAGUCCUAAAAGAGAUUCAGAAUGCACCUUCAGUGCAAAUUCUGCAGGACUUGAUUUUGCAGAACAGUGCCAUGUUGCAGACUGCUGGUUGCUUCAGGCGUGUUGGGUCAUGUGAGGAAAAAACACGGCUAGUAGAGGAGUAUCUGAAGUGGUACAUCAUCCACAGAAACAGCACAGCAAUCGAGAGAUUCAAGGCUGGACUUGAAACACUGCAGUUCCUGACAGCUUUGAAGGAACAUCCAACAGUUUUGACUCCUGCUCUCUGUCACACUGAGGUGAAGCUGUCUGCUGAACAGGUAGAAAAUCUGUUCCAGCCAGUACUCAGUCCACAAGGCAGCAACAUGAGGACUCAGGAAGACAAAGCCAGGACUUACUGGGCAGACUAUCUUCUUGAUUGUGAAGAAGAUAACAGCGCUGUGACCUUGGAGGAGGUGUUAAUGUUUGCUGCAGGUGUGCCCUGUGUGCCUCCUGCUGGUAUGAGUCCUCUGCCACGCCUUCACUUCAUGUCUCCCUCAACAUCCAAAUUCCCAAUGGCGAAUACCUGUGCCAACAUUUUAAAGAUUCCUCUUUUGGACUCCUAUACUGCCUUUAAAGCAAACAUGGACUUCGGAAUAAAGAAUUCCCCUGGCUUUGGGUGCUUUUAGAGCAAUGCAUUUGUUGUAAAAGCUAUUGUUGCCACACCUGUUUAGUUUUGUUUCAUGGAACAAUGUUAUAUUUCUCUUGCACUUUAUAAAACACAAGUUGCACUGAAAAAAUUGCAUUUUUAUUUAUUGCAUUUUUAUGUUUUGUACGCUUGUUUGUAUAAUAAAGAUACUGUACUACUGUU